AUGACAUCUCCUACGAACACUCCUCCUCGUGAGAAGGAACACUUCCUUCCUUAUCCCUUCACCGAGACGCAGCCUCCUCCGGAGCUAAUCACGCAGGGCGCUGAGGCGCUCCUCUACCGCACUCAUUUCCUUACACCAUCUACCCCUGCCGCAUUGAAAGCGCGCCCCAGUAAACCCUACCGGCAUCCCACCCUCGAUGCCCGACUUACAAAACAGCGCGUCCUCGCUGAAGCAAGGGUACUUGUCAAACUCUCUGCGCUCGCAAGUGAUCCAGCCAACGAAGUCAAGGUUCCCGCUGUCCUGAGUCUGGAAUGGGAUGCCUCAAGGAAAGUCAAAGGCUUGACUGGCGAGCAGCGAGGUGCGCGAGGGACUCCCGGCGGAGGCGCAUGGCUACUCAUGGAGUGGAUCGACGGCAAAAGUGUCAAAGAUUUAUUACGCGAGUGGGAUUUGUGGCUCAAAGAACCCGGCUCGACUGUGCCAGCAGACGAGGUUGAAGCUCAAGAGGAGGCAGUGAAGAAGUUGCUCCGAAGGAUUGGGAGGGCAGUGGGCGCCAUGCACAGUAAAGGUGCAGUUGUCCAUGGUGAUCUGACGAGCAGUAACAUCAUGCUCCGUCCUCCCACGAAUACCUCUGUGCAGAACGGCUCGGCAGCUAUGACGGAUAACGAGAAUGCAAAGACAGAACGAAAACUAGCGGUGCCGCCAAACUUGGACGGAGAAAUUGUCUUGAUCGACUUCGGGCUGGCCACUCAGUCUGUCCAAGACGAAGACCGUGCCGUGGAUUUGUAUGUCCUCGAGCGGGCCUUUGGAUCGACUCAUCCCAGGCAAGAAGCCUGGUUCGACGCCGAAGUGCUACAAAGUCAGGAUGGUUACAGAGGCAGUUUCAAGGGCUCCAAUAUCGUGCUGAAAAGACUUGAAGACGUCAGGAUGAGAGGCAGGAAGAAAAGCAUGAUCGGGUGA